AUGGAUAUCAAAACUGAUAAGGCCGAACAUAGUAUCGAACUCCAUCUUCCUUAUGUCCGACACAUUUCAAAGAGUUUUCAGACCAUCACCAAUGUCCCUAUACUUAUAGGAUCAAUAUCUUCUGAGAAAGAAUUUAUCUAUGGCAAAGUAUUGCAACCCUAUCUCCUUUCACCGGAAAACCUUUUUGUCAUCUCAUCUGACUUUUUGGGCUCACGUUUUUCCUACACUUAUUAUAAAGACCUGGCGCGCAAAUUGAGUUCCGGUGCAUCUCCUCCAGCAACGCCAAUUUACCAAUCAAUCGAGGCAUUAGACCAGGAAGCGCUUAAGAUACUUGAAAGCCUGUCUCAUUCGGAAUUCAGCCGUUACCUUUCUCAAACUAAGAACAAUAUAUGUGGUUGUCCAGUCAAUGCGUCCCAGCUUGUGAUAGUAUUGUGA